AUGGUGCGCUCUCUUUGCUUCCAGUGGUUUCCUUUCCCCGGCCUCUGCUGCAUCUCUAGGCUAUGGCAACGUGCGGAAUGCACGAACUGGAUUUUACAAGAAAGCCAAGAUAUUAUUCGAUAUUGGAUCAGAAUCCUCACCGGUAAUACUGGGGCAGAGUGCUCUUCUUCUUUCUUUCCAAACAUAUUCGCCCAGAAUUAA